GAGUGUCCUGUAGUAAACAGACCCAGCCUGUCAUAUGUGAUGAAAGGGGGGACUGCAGUGAUCUCAGACUGGUUCUUUAGUGAAUCCAGAUGACUUUGGAUCAUUGAAGGGAGAAAAUGUCCAACCUGUACUUCUCUUCACUGACAAUGACUCCUCUAUAGCUACUUUCUGCUGUCCCCUCUGCGCACCUUUCUUUCUAAGUUUGCAGAAGUCUAGUCAGGAGGGUUUUUUUUGCAGCCAUGCAGCAGGAGCUGUUGUUCAAAGUCCUGGUCAUCGGAGACCUGGGAGUGGGAAAGACGUCCAUCAUCAAGCGGUACGUGCAUCAGAUCUUCUCCCAGCACUACAGAGCCACCAUCGGGGUGGACUUCGCCCUGAAGGUGCUCCAAUGGGACAAUGACACAGUGGUGCGUCUUCAGCUGUGGGACAUUGCAGGACAGGAGCGGUAUGGGAACAUGACUCGUGUUUAUUAUCGUGAGGCGGUGGGGGCCCUGAUGGUGUUUGACGUGACGAGGGCCUCAACGUUCGACGCUGUGCUGAAGUGGAAAGACGACCUGGACUCCAAGGUAACCCUGAACCAUGGGAGACCAGUUCCUGCUGUGCUCUUGGCCAAUAAGUCCGACCAGUUGGCUUACCACACGCCCAAACUGGACUCCUUCUGCAGGGAGAACGGCUUCGUUGGCUGGUUUGAGACGUCUGCAAAGGAGAACACAAACAUCGAGGAUGCCGUCCACUGCUUAGUCCAGCACAUCCUGAACAACGAGGAGAGCCCGAUGACGGAGAGAGAUCCCGGCUCUCUUGUCCUCUCCGGCUUCACCAACACCAGGAAGGAGCAUUUCAACUGCUCGUCGUGUGUGAAGUGGUGACUCUCCAGCAGUCUCAGUACAGAAGGAGGUGAACUCUGCGUGUCUGCAGAGAUAAGUUUGACUCAGGGAAUGUUUGUGAAAAUGCUGAUGUGUUCCCCCAGUGUUAGUAGACUAUGUAACUGUUGGUAUGAUGUGUUCAUGUCCUAGGUCACGGGUUCCCAAACUUUUCAGCCCCCAAAUUAUAGGUGUCAAAGACUCGCUUGAAGUUAUUAAAUGUUGCUUCAUACUUCAUAUAGCUGGUCUGCAGGAAAUUAGCCCACAUGCACAUGUGGCUGUUUCCUGUGCUGUUAUGAGUUAACCU